AUGGAAGGAAAACAUCGGCCUCCGAAAUUCUGCGCUAUCUGUCAUCUAUACUUCAAGAGAAAUGGCACUCAUCGAAAUGUGGUGGGGAAGUUGUCUGAGGACGAUGAGAAGAUAGUGAAGCGGUGGGUAGAGUUGGAAAGAGGCAAAAGCGCGUAUCGUCUAGCGAUGAGAUUUGUGCGGCCUAACAUCAUUGCGGAACGCAUAUCAAGUUCUUUAAAAGCUCAUAUCAAUGGAUUUCGAUACUCUUCUUUGCAUGGCAACAGAAUUGAUGUCUUAUACAACAACAUCAAACUUGCGUUCUUCCAACCAUGUGAUAACGACAUGAUCAUUUUGUUGCACUUCAAUUUGAAGCAUCCGGUGCUUUGGGAACCAUUUCUUCAACGUCGUAAGGUCAAAGGACCAGGUCUGCGAAGACUGCAAAACGAUGAGCCUCCAAUGAAGAUGCAAGGACCAACCCUGCGAAGACUCAGAGGGAUGAGCCUCCGAUACCCGAAGAGACUUGGCAUUGACCUCAGCAUGCUACGCAUAUUCAGCUUGCUGUGUGUUCUGAUUUUAGUGAUUGCUCAAGACCUGGACCAGUGCACUCAAUGCCUGAACCAAUCACAGACAUGGUGCCCCUCGACAAAGACUUGCGAAGCUAAGACUACCAAAUGCAAGACCCCCAUAACGCGUGCGCUGAAUUGUCCACGUCUACCGGAUCCUGCUUAUGCUUAUAACGAGACAUUUGCUCGUUAUUACAUCACUCCAAUAGUAGCAGCUGUGUUUGCGAAGAGUCCGGAGCCGUGCCUCAAAGCACAGGUACCUCAUGUCUCCUACUACAAAAAUGUCCAUGUCAAAUGCGCCUUGGAUGUGCCAGAUCUUUCCAGCCAUAAAGUAGCAUUUUUCGACAAUGGCUAUCUGUUCAAGUACUUCCAUGAUGCAUUUUUCUUCUUAUGGAAUGGAGGUCUCGAGCAGCAAGUGAGAACUUUGAAAUAUCAAUAUCCGGACUACAAAGUCUAUAUUACUGGCCACUCGCUAGGAGCAUCAAUUGCAUCCAUAACAGCCGCCUACCUUGUGAAAUGGGAUAUGUGGGACCCGAAGGACGUCAAACUCAUAACCUAUGGGCAACCCAGAACUGGUGACUACGACUUUGCUGUAUGGCAAUCGGCUACGUUCCCGUACUCCUAUCGAGUUGUUCAUCACCGUGACCCCGUACCUCAUGUACCACCGAGGCUCGGCCCUGAUAAUGUUUUCCAUCAUCGUUACGAAGUUUGGUACAACAACGACAUGGCUGUUGGACAACCGUAUACGAUAUGUCAAGAAGCUGAUGGAGAUUACUGUAGCAACACGGCUAUCAAUGGAGAAUUUGAAGAACAUAUGUGGUACUUCGACAAAAACAUUGGAGAUUGGGGCGAGAAAGGAUGUCCUUCGAACUACACAUCAACGAAGAGAUCAUAG